CAAUUUGAUAUUUUUACAUUACAGAGUAAACGUCGUCGGUGCAAUCAGGGGAAAUCAAGAACACCAGAAUUUACCAAAUUAACCACUAAGAAGAUAAAUGUAAAAUCUGAAGAUCAACAAAUUGUGUCAAAGACAAAAUCACACAAAGAUCCUGGUAAAAUUUCAGAAUCUGUUUCAGCAGAACUAGUUACUCCAAGAACCCUUCGCAAAAAAGCAUGUUUAAUGAUGAAAGAGACAUUUAAUAUGAUAAAAAAUGUUGAAAAUGAUGAUAACACCAAUAAAUCUGAACAUAUAUGUGAAGCAACUCGCUCAGAAGUGAAAUGUAAAGAAUUUGUCAAGGAUACAUUAAUUCAAAAGACAAGAGCCUCUAAUUUGGCUAAUAUAGAUAGUCUUCAAACUAAAGAAAAACUAUCAGAAAAGUUUACCUCAAGACGAUCAACACGUCAGUCAGCUAGAUUUGCUUCAGUAGGCAUUUCCACAGUUUUUAAAAAUCCACUAAAGGUUCAUAUGCAAGAACCCAUGGCUUCAAUUGAUGAUGUGAAAAAUGUUGAUGCAGUUCUAAAUUCUGAAGCUGCACAAACAGAGAAUGAUGUAUCAACUGAAGUGAAAUCUAAGCAAGAAACAAAUAUCCUUUGUUUGGUGGAAAAAUUUCAAGAUUCAGACAUUACUAAAGUUGAUAAUCUUCAAAGUGAUCAAACCACACCUGAAGAGAAAGAUAACAAAAAUCAGUCAACUCGAAAAUCAGCUAUAAAAGCUUUAGAAAGUAUAAAUAACUUCCUAAGAAGUCCAGGGAAAAUGGGUACUAAACGGCAAUGUCUAAACAGUACUCAAGUAGCACAAAAUGAUAGUAAUGAGGCUGUACCAGAAAAUAAAACUCAGGCUGUUGAAAUGGAACUAAAACCAGAUACAGAGACUAUUCCUUCAGUUCAAAAAGUUCAAGAUUCUGGGGAAACUGAUAUUAAUAAACUCCAAAUUGAAGAUGAUUCAUCAAAAGAGAUUGGCACUCCAAGACGGUUAACUCGAAAAUCAGUUAUUAAUGCUUCAGAAAAUAUUAUCAUCACUGCUAGUGUCCCUGUAAUGAGCCCAAGAAAGACAAGGGCUACAAUGAAGAGCUCGGUAAAGGCUCGUGUUUCUGUGUCCUCAGGUAAGGCUGGUGCUGCUUUGGAGAGUCCAGAGAAGGCUAGCAUUCCCUUGAAGAGCCCAAAGAAGGCUAGUACUGACUUGAAGAGCCUGGGGAGAGCUAGUGCUCUAGUUAAAAUCCCAGGAAAGAGUAGUACUCUCUUGAGCCUAGAAGAAGCUUGCAAUCCUGUAGAGAGUCCACAAGAGGCUAAUAUACCUGUGGAGAGCCUGGAAGUAACCACUGCUCUUGUUGGGACUCUGGAAGCGAUUACUGCUCUUGCUGGGAGUCCGGAAGCGACUACUGCUCCUGUGGAAAGUCCGGAAGCGACCGGUGCUCCUGUGGGGAGUCCAGAAACAACCGGUGCUCCUGUGGGGAAUCCGGAAGCGACCAGUGCUCCUGUGGGGAGUCCGGAAGUGACCGAUGCUCCUGUGGGGAAUCCGGAAGUCACUGGUACUCCUGUGGAGAGUCUGGAAGCGACCGGUGCUCCUGUGGAGAGUCUGGAAGCGACCGGUGCUCCUGUGGAGAGUCUGGAAGCGACCGGUGCUCCUGUGGAGAGUCUGGAAGCGACCGGUGCUCCUGUGGAGAGUCUGGAAGCGACCGGUGCUCCUGUGGAGAGUCUGGAAGCGACCGGUGCUCCUGUGGAGAGUCUGGAAGUGACAGGUGUUCCUGUAGAGAGUCCGGAAGCGACCGGUGCUCCUGUGCAGAGUCUGGAAGUGACCGGUGCUUUUGUAGAGAACUCAGCAAGGGCUAAUACAAAAUUGUCUAAAGUUAUUGAACCUUUCAGUAAUAAAAAAUGUGUUUCAGUUUUAGAUUCUGAAGAAAUAAAAAAUUCAGGUCUUGGGAAAUCAACAGAAAAUGCUAAUCAGUUUAUGUCGCAGUCAGCAGGAGAGGAAAACAAUACAUCUGCGCAAUCAAUCAGUAAAGCAGAUAUUAGUAAACCGGAGAAUAGAGAAGAUACUGGAAAUAAAAUGGUCCAAGAAUCUGCUCUUGAAACUAUGCAAUUGAAUUUGAAGCCUUUACAAACAGUAAGUUUUGGGAAUGCAGAUGAAUCUAAAGGUAAGAAAUGCCUUACUUUAAGGAUUAACCUUUAUAUUGAACUAGCAGAGAUACCUGGCAUUGCCUGUGUUAAAUGCAAUUGAAGAAUGAGACUUUUC